AGCUGAUCAAGCAAGAGCAAGAGCAAGAAGAGGAGGAGGAGGAAUCUGAAGAAGAUGAGGAAAUGGAAAACCAAGAAAAUGGUGACACUGAUGCCAAAAAAACUGUUGAGGGAACAACUCAAGAUUAUCCCAUGGCAAGUGCUGUGAACGUCAGUGAGACUCCAGCUGUUGCCACUGUGGAGAAGAAAGAGUAUGUUUAUGAAACAAAGGAAGAAGCAAAACAAGCUUUCAAGGAACUCCUCAGAGAAAAGGAGGUUCCAUCUAAUUCCUCAUGGGAUAAUGCCAUGAGAAUGAUAGUCAAUGAUCCCAGAUAUGGAGCAUUGAAGAAAAUGAAUGAGAAAAAACAAGCAUUCAAUGAAUAUAAAACAAAAAGGGCCAAUGAAGAAAAGGAGGAACAAAGGGCAAAAGCAAAGCAGGCACGAGAAGACUUGCGCAGCUUCCUGGAAAGUCACAAAAAGAUGCACUCUUCAGUUCGAUGGCGAAGAGCUGGGGAAAUUUUUCAGGGUGAACCUGUUUGGGAAGCUGUUCAUGAAAGAGACAGGAAGGAUGUGUUUGAGGAUGUGGUGUUCUUUCUGGCAAAAAAGGAGAAGGAAGAGGAGAAAGAACAACGAGCGCACAACAGAAAGCUUAUGUUAACAGUGUACAGUACCAUGCCUGCUAUUACUUACAGGACCACUUGGGCAGAGGCCUUGCAGAUGCUUAAGGAGCACCCAACUUAUAAAGAUGAUGAGGAAAUACGAGAUUGUGAAAAAGAAGACAUGUUGAUAUCAUUUGAGGAGCACAUUAGAGCUCUGGAACAAGAGGAAGAAGAGGAGAAACAGAGAGAGAAGAAUCGAGUCAAACGACAACAGAGGAAAAACAGGGAAGGGUUCCUGGUAUUACUAGAUGAGUUGCACAAGAGAGGCAAACUUCACUCCAUGUCUCUUUGGAUUGACUUGUAUCCAACAAUCAGCAAUGAUGUCCGCUUUAAAAAUAUGUUGGGCCAACCUGGGUCAACCCCAUUAGACCUUUUCAAGUUUUAUGUGGAAGACUUGAAGGCCAGAUUCAGCGAAGAAAAGAAAAUAAUAAAAGAAAUAUUAAAGGAUCAUGAUUACACAGUUGAUGUGAACACUGGCUUCAGUGAGUUUAACGAUCUUGUAAAAGGAGACCACAGAAGCGACACAUUGGACCCUGGAAACAUCAAAAUGUCUUUCAACCAUCUUAUUGAAAAAGCUGAGGCAAGGGAGAAGGAAAGAAUGAAAAAAGAGGAAAGAGAGCAAAGAAGAAGAGAAAGUUCCUUUAAGCAACUCUUAAAAUCUUGUAGCCCUGUGAUUGAUGAAAAAUCAACCUGGGAAGAGGUGAGAGGAAGACUCGAAGAGGAUCCUGCCUUUGCAGCGGUUACAGUGGAAUCUGAGCGAAUAAGACUGUUCAAUGAACAUGUUAGUUCUCUUGAGGCGUGUACGCACAAUCAUUCAAAAUCACACAAGAAAGCAAAGAAGACCAAGAAACACAGGAAAAGAUCAAGAUCCCGCUCACCCAGUGGGGAAUCAUCUCAAUCUGAAGAAGAGUUCCCUAAAGAAAAGACAUCAUCACACAAAAAGAAACGCCACAAGCGGUCACGCUCUAAAUCACAAGAGUCAUCUGCCUCGGAAUCAGAGCCAGAAAAAGAGGUCAGCUCGACAAAAAAGAAAAAACACAAGAAGAAAUCAAAGAAGAAGCGGCAACGAUCGCCCUCUGAUGACUCUGAAGGGGAGAGAUAUAACAGAGAGAAGGAGGAGAAGGAGAAAGAUAGGGAUCGGCGUGAUCGAGACAAAGAACGAGAAAAGGACAAGGAAACAGACCGCAACAGGGAAGGAGAGAAAGACAGAGAACGUGAAAAGGAGAAAGAAAGGGACUACAGAGAGAAGGACCGAGACAAGGAAAGGGAUAGAGAUAGAGACAGGGACAAGGACAAGGACCGGGACAAGGAGAGGGAGAAGGAUAAGGAGCCUGAAAAAGCCAAGGAGAAGUCCAAGAAAUCUCAGGAUAAGACCGGAUGGGACACCACCUCGAGUGAGAGCGAAAGUGAAUUGGAGAGCAGACGAAGAGCCUUGCUGAAACAACUUGGUGCUGCGGGAGAAGAUCACUAGAUUAUAGUUAUACCGACUUUCCAACGCCAAUGAAUCGUUCCUUUGUUGUGUAAAGCAGUUUCAGUCAACCUCCUAAAUGAUUGGCAUUUUGCUUACCUAUAUUUUCUAACCUAGACGUGAAUUCUAAUUGGUGCCCUAUUUGAUGUGAAAAUGUGAACAUUGCUCAAUGGUGAUUGGUUUUUUUCUUUACUGCUCAUUGGAUCUCGCUGCUUUCGGUAACCCGUUUAAUAUAUUCCCCUGACAUCCUGAAAUGCCUUAUACGGAAUGAUAUGUUCAUGUAUGCCAAUCACGGAAGGUGCGUUUGAGAAAUUGUUUAUAAGAAGCUAAAAGUGUUAAAAGUAGCACGGCCCAUUCGACAACUUCUGUUUUUACAGUCAGUAGGAUACAAAUGUGUGCCCGUCAGAUUUUAACCAACGGGCGAACAACGCUUCUGUUUUUUUCUAGUGAGAAUGGACGUCGAAGACUGUACAGUUUAGUCAUUGUGGUUUCUCGUUUGGAACAGUAUUCGUACUACUUCCUGAGUUCGAACUGCCCUAUUAGAAAUGCUAUAGGCCAAGCACAAUGUAAGAUGUGAGGUCAUCUCGUCCCCAUGACACCACUGACGUCAUGUUACUAAGCCAGCCUCCAGAACGACGACCAGUUGAUACCUGAAGACGACACUGACCAAAGUAGUGCUUAGCCCUCCUCUUAACACGCUGACGAUUAGUAGGCAGAUAAUUUAUGAAUGAUGUGAUCACUCCUUUUUCUGUCGUCCAGGGGAAAUCCAGUAUGCCGUGUCAAAAUAUGUUGCUACAAAUAUGUCCUUGUACAAACUAAAAGCACAUUUUUCAGUGUUCGUAUAGUGUUGCUGUCGUGACCUUGAGAUGUUUAAAUGGUCGCGCAUAUCAUUCUUAGUUUAAUAAACGACUUAAAAGUA